UCAGAAUCAACUUGUUUACUUAUUACCAGUGGUUUGAGAUGUUAUUGAUUUACUGUUUCUCCAAACUAUUUUGAAUGCUGAUUAUUUGGAUCAUUUCUGUACUGAACUGGACAUUAGGAGCAGCACUGUUAUUUUCAGAAUUCAAUAGGCAACAAUGGACUUAGACAAUUCAACAGAGGAACUGAUUUUUUAUGUUAAUGGAAAAAAGGUUAUUGAGAAAAAUGCGGAUCCCAAAAUGACUUUGUUGACUUACCUACGCAGAAAAUUGGGAUUACCUGGAACGAAGCUGGGAUGCGGAGAGGGUGGCUGUGGAGCCUGCACUGUGAUGAUCUCUCAUUUCAAUCAAUUCAAGAAGAAGAUUGUACACUAUUCUAUUAAUGCGUGCUUGGCACCAAUAUGUUCUCUACACCACUGUGCAGUGACAACUGUUGAAGGUAUUGGAAGCACAAAGACAAGACUUCACCCUGUCCAAGAAAGAAUUGCAAAAUGUCAUGGAUCUCAGUGUGGCUUCUGCACACCCGGUAUCGUCAUGUCUAUGUACACCUUACUAAGGAAUACGCUUGAGCCUACAAUGGAGGACAUUGAACAUGCAUUUCAAGGAAACCUCUGUCGGUGCACAGGAUAUCGGCCUAUUCUCGAUGGAUUUAGGACAUUUACGAAAGGAGGAUGUUGCGGUCAAAGGACAGAAAAUGGAUGCUGCAUGAAUAUUAAGGAUGAAAAUGAGGUUAUAUCCUCAACACUGUUUGAUCCAUCUGAAUUUCAGCCUCUGGACCCUACACAGGAGCCAAUAUUCCCCCCAGAAUUACUGAUUCAUAAAGAUGAGGCGCUGAAACCGCUAUAUGUUAAAGGUGAAGAAGUCACAUGGAUCCAACCAACCAAUCUCAAUCAGCUUCUGAGUCUGAAAGCUCAUUAUCCAGAGGCUAAACUUGUGGUGGGCAACACUGAAGUGGGUAUUGAAACCAAGUUAAAAAAUAUGCGAUAUCCAGUGAUAAUCGCUCCAGGCUGGAUUUCAGAAUUAAAUGAAAUUACUCAAACCAAGGAAGGUAUCUGCUUUGGAGCAGCCUGUAGCUUGGCCUCCCUUGAAGAAGUUUUAAAGAAAGCAGUGGAUGAACUUCCAACCUAUCAGAUGCAGGUGUUCCAGGGAGUGCUGGAGCAGUUGAGAUGGUUUGCAGGACAGCAGAUUCGGAAUGUUGCAGCUAUCGGAGGCAACAUAAUGACAGCGAGUCCAAUAUCUGAUCUCAACCCCGUCUUCAUGGCAAGUGGGAGCAAACUGCAUGUGGCAUCUAAAGAAUGCAAAAGAACAAUACAGAUGGAUGGAUCAUUCUUUACUGGCUAUAGAAAAACUGUGUUACAGCCAGAGGAAAUACUGCUGUCUAUUGAGAUCCCUUAUACCAAGAAGUGGGAAUACCUCUCUGCUUUUAAACAAGCAUCAAGGCGAGAGGAUGAUAUUGCCAUAGUCACCAGUGCAAUGAUGGUUUGGUUCAAGCCAAACAGCAGUCAAGUUGAAAACAUUCAGAUAAGUUACGGAGGGAUGGCUCCGGUUACCGUUCUAGCAACCAACACUUGCAAGAAACUGAUUGGGAGGGAAUGGAAUGAAUCCUUGCUUCAGGAUGCUUGCCAGCUGCUGGCCCAAGAGAUGACAUUGUCACCGAGUGCCCCGGGAGGAAUGGUGGAAUUCAGACAAACUCUUACGCUCAGCUUCUUUUUUAAGUUUUACCUUAUUGUGCUUAAGAAGCUGGCACUGGAUCUGAACGGGAAUAAUAACAUGGGAGAGACUGUCCCUUCUAAGUAUGAAAGCGCCACUGAGCUGUUCCACAAGCCUCCCCCUCGCAGUGUGCAACUAUUUCAGGAGGUGCCAGCAGGGCAGGCAGCAGAGGACAUGGUUGGGCGCCCCUUGAUGCAUCUGUCAGCUACAAAGCAGGCAACUGGAGAGGCCGUUUACUGUGAUGAUAUACCCCAUUAUGAGAAUGAGCUCUACUUGGGUCUAAUAACAAGCACCAAGGCUCAUGCUAAAAUUCUAUCAAUAGAUACAACAGAAGCCCAACUUACCAAAGGACUUGUGUGUUUUGUAUUUGCUAAAGACGUACCAGGAAGUAAUAUAUCUGGCAUCGGAAAUGAUGAGACGAUAUUUGCUGAAGAUGUGGUGACCUGUGUUGGGCACAUUAUUGGUGGAGUAGUUGCUGAUACUAAAGAAAAUGCUCAAAAAGCUGCAAAAGCUGUUAAAAUCACAUAUGAGGAACUGCAACCCGUUAUUACCAUUCAGGAAGCAAUUGAGAACAAUUCAUUUUAUGGGCCAAUCAAGAAGGUUGAGAAAGGAAUUAUCCAGAAAGGUUUUGAAGAGGCAGAUCACAUCCUAGAAGGUGAGAUUCAUAUAGGCGGACAAGAACAUUUCUAUCUGGAAACUAACUGCACUAUUGCGGUGCCGAAGGGGGAGGAUGGCGAACAGGAGUUAUAUGUGUCAACACAAAAUACAACAAAGACACAGAGUGCUGUUGCUAGCGCUUUGGGUGUGCCAUCAAACAGGAUCAUAGUGCGAGUAAAGAGAAUGGGAGGAGGCUUUGGAGGAAAGGAAAGCCGAAAUAUAAUUUUAUCUACAGCGGUGGCUGUGGCUGCACAUAAGACAGGCCGCCCAGUAAGAUGCAUGCUGGAUAGAGAUGAAGACAUGCUUUUAACUGGGGGAAGACACCCCUACUUAGGACGGUAUAAGGUUGGAUUCAGUAGAAGUGGAAAAGUAUCAGCUUUAGAUGUUUCUUACUAUGGGAAUGCCGGCAACUCUCAGGAUCUGUCCUUUGGGAUUAUUGACAGGACAUUAUUGCAUAUGGACAAUGCAUACAAAAUACCCAACAUUAGAGGAUUAGGAUAUGUUUGUAAGACUAACUUGCCUUCCAACACUGCAUUCCGAGGCUUUGGAGGUCCACAGGGCAUGAUGGUUACUGAAACAUGGAUGAGUGAUAUUGCUCUCACAUGUGGAUUGCCACCUGAACAGGUCAGAAAAUUAAACAUGUAUAAUGAAGGAGAUUUAACUCACUUCAAUCAAAAGUUGGAGGGUUUCACUGUACACAGAUGCUGGGACGAAUGUCUUGCAAACUCCAAUUAUGAUGAAAGAAGGAUUGCUAUAGAUGAGUUUAACAGGCGGAAUCGAUGGAAGAAAAGGGGAAUUGCCAUUAUCCCAACCAAGUUUGGAAUCAGCUUUACUCUCACUUUGCUAAACCAGGCAGGGGCAUUGGUUCAUGUGUACACAGACGGGUCUGUGCUACUAACACAUGGUGGAACGGAAAUGGGACAAGGCCUUCACACCAAGAUGGUGCAGGUUGCAAGCAAAGCUCUAGGAAUUCCAACUUCUAAGAUUUUUAUUAGUGAGACAAGCACAAAUACUGUCCCCAACACCUCUCCAACUGCAGCAUCUGUCAGCUCAGACAUCAAUGGAAUGGCAAUUUAUAAUGCUUGUCAGAAAAUCUUAAAAAGGUUGGAACCUUAUAAAGAAUCAAAUCCUAAUGGUUCAUGGGAAAAUUGGAUCACAGCUGCCUAUGUAGACCGAGUGAGUCUAUCGGCCACAGGAUUUUACAAAAUCCCUGGCAUUGACUAUGACCCUGUAAAGUACGAAGGAAAUCCGCACAGCUACUUUUGUUACGGCGCAGCAUGCUCUGAAGUUGAGAUUGACUGCUUAACUGGUGAUCACACGAACAUACGCACAGAUGUAGUUAUGGAUGUUGGAACCAGCCUGAAUCCUGCUAUUGAUAUAGGACAGGUUGAAGGCGCUUUUGUUCAAGGUAUUGGCUACUUUACAUUAGAAGAGUUACGCUAUUCUCCGGAUGGAUUUCUCUAUUCAAGAGGACCAGGAAUGUACAAAAUCCCUUCAUUUGGUGACAUACCUACAGAAUUUAAUGUUUCUCUUCUACGCAACUCUCCAAACACUAAAGCCAUCUAUUCUUCUAAGGCCGUUGGAGAGCCGCCGUUUUUCUUGUCUGCCUCUGUAUUUUAUGCCAUUAAGGAUGCUAUCACUUCAGCGAGAGCAGAGUCUGGCAUCACAGGACCGUUUAGACUGGACAGCCCCGCCACGCCAGAGAGAAUACGCAAUGCUUGUAUUGAUGCCUUCACCAAACUGUGCCCAGUUGCGGAGCCGGGAUCAUUUAAACCGUGGUCUGUAAGAGUGUAGUAAAUGCGUACAAGGCUGCGUUUAUUCACCAGAAGUUAUGCCACAAAGUCAACUUCCACAUCUCAAAUUUAUUUUAACUAUGUUAAUAAAUAUCCGUCAUACAAUGUAAUAUUUAUAAUGAUACUUAUAUGAUAAUUAUUCAUUCAUUAUUGAGUUUAUGUAUUUUGAUGUGAAGAUCAUUCUCUAAUUUGCAACAGCUGUAAAUGAAUUAUCUAUUAAGUGUUUCAUAGUUUAUUUUAAUUGCAACAAGGAAUUUCUUGAAUGUUAUAUAUUGUUAACUAUAUGUGAACGCACCUAAAUCCUAAGACAAUGAGAAAGUCAGCACUGAAAACUUUAUUUAUUGUUUUAGCUCACUUACCUUUCAAAACUUUUUUAAAUGUUACUCAGAUUCGAUAAAAAAUGUUUUACCUAUACAAUUAAUAGCAGUAUUGUAGUAUAAAAUAACUGAUGCAGUGAUACAA